AUUUGGCAAGUUGGACGCUCGCCUGGCAGCGUUAUGCUUGACAUCAGCCCCGUUCCAGGAUCCGUUGACGACGCAGUCGAUAUUUUGAUGAAGAUUUAUCCCAUCAAUAACGGCAUCCUUACACAUCGUGAAGGACAACGCGUGGUCGCUGAAAUCAAUCUCCAAACUGAAAAAGAACGAACUCGUGCCAUCGACAAGGGCAUAGAGUUCACACCGACCAUCACGAUCUGUGCAACGCCUGCUCUUGAAAAAAAUGCAAAGAUUAAAAAGCUUCGUCUCACAAAUCUCCCUUUGCUCAGUCAAGAAGAUUUGGAACGCGGACUGCGCGAAACGUUUCGUCCAUACGGCGACAUCCUAGACGUUGGUAUCAACCGUGACCCGCGAACAAAAGCAUACAUGGGAAACGGUUUCGCCGUUCUAGAUAUACAGCCACACCACAAUCAACAGCUCCUUCCCCUUAACCACCAUAUCCCCUGGUGCGGUGACAAGGAUGACUUAAUCUACGCGCAUUUCGACCAAAUGCCCCUCCACUGUUCCCGCUGCCAUGAGCCAGGACAUAUCGUUGAAGACUGUCCGCGCUUCCGCCGCAACCAGAAAGGAUGUUUCAAGUGUGGCGGUAAGAAUCACUACGCCGCAAACUGC